AUGGCAGAGCCACCAUCGUCACCGCCCAACGAGGCGAUGAGCUCCGAAGAUCAGCUGCGCUGGUACAAGUCUCAGUAUGCAUCACUCGAGGAGGAGCUGUCGGAAUUCAGAGAAUCCAGUAAGGAGCUGGAACAGGAGCUCGAGAAGGACGUCGAGCAGGCUGAAAAGAGGGAGCGCAAACUCCAGGAAAAGGCAGAGGGCCUCAAGUUCGAGGCGGAGGAGUGGAAGUCAAAGUACAAUCAAGCCAAGAAGGAUGCGAAUGCGGCCCAAAACACCCUCGAGAAGGAAAUCACAACCCUGCGCGACACCAACAGGACUCUCCAGCUCAAGCUACGCGACAUCGAAGUUGCCAACGAUGACUUUGAGAGGCAGGCACGAAACACUAGUUCGUCCCUCGAGGACCUCGAAUCGAAGUUCAACAGUGCGAUCGAGCGCAAUGUUAUGAUGGAGGAGGAGAUCAAAAUCGGCGAACAGGAACGAGAGACUCUGCGCAUCGAGGCGCAACGCUUGCGCGAGGAGCUUUCCGACCUCAAGAUCGAGGCCGAGCUACUCCAAGACAAGAUCAAGAAGCAAGAGCAGCGUCACCUUUCCGCCAUCUCUACCGAUCUCUCCAUCCUCUCGUCUCCCAUCUUCGACAAGACACUCGACGCCUCUCCCGGCUCGACGGCCAGCUCGCCCAUGGUAUCGACCCCGCCGGAUGCGGAAGCUCUCCCGGCCGCCAAACCCGCCCAGAUCAGCGAGCCUCCUUCCCCGCCCAUGUCCGACGUCUCCGCCUCUGUACCGAAGAGGAUUAUCUCCCGGACGCCGCUCAAGACACCAGCCAAGACGCCGGCAUCAGCGACGCGCAAGUCGCGUCUGCCGUCAACCGAACACAGCAUCACGCCGAAGCCUCGUUCCUUCACGACGUCCGUCAGCAGCAGCCGGCCAUCUGGGGGUCGUCCCUCUACCGGGGCACCGGCACGCACGCCCGCGCCUCGCACCGCACCUCGCUCCAUCUCCACCCGCAUGCCCCCCAAGCCUGCCAACACGUCUCUCGCCCACAUUCGAACCCUCACCGCCCAGAUGCAGCGUUUGGAAGCCCGCGUACACAACGCACGUUCAAAACUCCCUGCUCCCGUCACGACACCCCCUCGAGCUUCACCCCGCUCUUCGGUCCUUGGGGUUCACAGCGUACCGUCAACGGUUACUAUCCGUUCACGCAAGCGCCCGAGUGGCUCCACAUCCUCAUCCGUACGGGGCGAUGACACUACACCAUCCAACCCCAACUUCUCUGCCAGCACAAGAUCCAAGCAUGUACCUCGUCUCAGCACUUCAGGUGUCAGCCGCCUGUCGUUUGGCCCGCUGCCGAACCGGAACCCGGGCGCCGGUCUCGAACACAGCGACUCUACAAUGUCUCGGCCGAGCUCGCGGGCUAGCAUCUCGUCGUACGCCAGACCGUCAAGUCGAUCAGAAAUGGCACCGCCCCGCCCUAUGAGCCGCACCAGCAUGUCUGGAACCCGGACGCCUCUAGGUCGUCCUCGCAGUUCUUUGGGUGGCAACCUGCAUGCGCGCUCUGCUAGUAUCAGCAGCCGCAUCGACAUUGACGAGGGCGACGAAAGUAGCGAAUUCAGAACACCUAGCAGGAGAGGCACAUAUUCCCGCCUGGACGCAGAGAACUCCGUGAGCGGUAUCCCAGCCCCAACCAGCGGCAUCCCGAUGCCCAGCGCAAGGCGGCAAAGCGGAGGGAGUGUCUCGGGAAGGCGAAGCUCGAUGGGCCUGAGGAGUUCCGUCAUGGGCGCUCAAGAUCAACUGGUCGAAGAGGAGACGUAUUAA